GUGUGGAAGUGGAAGGUGGUGGAAAGUUUGGAACAUGUCGGAUUGUCUUGAGCCAACUAUCGAGCUGUCGCGACACUUGACUCUGCAGCAGCCAACUCUGACCGCUAUUAACAUUUUUAGUCGCAUUUUAUUUAGUUUACACGCACUCUCUCUCUCUCUCUCUCUCUGGACUUGCUUCGACUCACGGCACCGACUACACUCGACACCGCGACUACACGGCAGGCACGCAGCACACGAGCCACGAGGCGGCGGCGGCAGCACGAGGCACGAGAGCGAGCAACAGUGGGAAAUAUGCAGAAAAUGGGCAAGCUCAACUCGUCCAUCGAUAUUAUCCCGCUGCAAGGCUCGAGUGGAGAUUACAGAUCGAGGCACAUGGACAAUAAGCACAGGAUAGACCAAAGGCCGUUCCGGGAUCAAUCGUUGAUCGGUCGUGUGCAAACGUACAUGCACGAAAAUGAGAAUAGAGUUUAUAUCGAUGUAAAUGAAAUGGCAGACGCGUUGCAAAGGCGAUACAGAGAUUAUCGUGGUAAGAAACGCGGUCCGUUUCGUGCAAUUGUACGGAAGGCUUACGACGAGCUUACUGAGAUUCUGUCGAGAAAACCUCCGACGCGGGAAAAUUUGGCGUACGAUGAUGACGAUUUUGAGGAUGUUGAUGUCGAGUCAGAUUCACAACGUGCUUCGAUAGGCGAUAUGUUGUUACAUAUGUAUAAGAAAACACAAUAUAAACAGAAUGGAAACUCGAGCGAUAAAGAAUUGAUAGACAUUAGUAGUGAUGAUGAUGUAUCAAAAGUUGAUUCCAAGACUGAAAAGGACGUAAAGACGCCUGAAUCUGAGUGUACAGUAGCUGAAGAAUCUUCCCACAUGGCUUUGAUGGUUGCUCCAAAAUCAGAAUUAUCAACCACUGAACCAGAACCAGCAACUACAAAACAGGAAACAGCUGCAGCAAAGCCAGAAACAUCUAUCUCAAAAUCAGAAAUACCUGUGCUAUCAAAAAUGCCUGCAAAUCAAGUCGCGAAACAGUCAUUAGUGGAAUCUAUGAGAAAACGUCAAAGAGACAAAGAAAAUGACAAUGGACAAUUUUCAGUUUCUAAGAAAGCAAAAACUGUACCUAUCACGAAUUCAAAAAUUAUUUUCUCUGAUGUAGGAGGUAGUGACAAAGUUUUGAAAACUGUUUGCAAGUUACUAGCCCAUAUGAAACAUCCUGAAAUCUUCAGACGGCUCGGUAUAUCUCCACCAAGAGGAUUUUUACUUCAUGGACCACCUGGAUGUGGGAAAACAUUACUGGCACAUGCAGUUGCAGGCGAAUUAAAUAUGCCUCUACUAAAAGUAGCAGGACCCGAGCUUGUGACUGGAGUAUCUGGCGAAAGCGAAGCUCGUAUCAGGGAUUUAUUUGAACAAGCUUUAGUUCUUGCACCGUGCAUUGUUUUCUUGGAUGAGAUAGAUGCUGUCACACCAAAUAGAGCUACAGCUCAAAGAGAAAUGGAAAGAAGAAUUGUUGCACAAUUAUUGUCAAGUUUAGAUGAAUUAAAUCUUAACGAAAAUGGAGACAGAGUACUGGUAAUUGGUGCGACAAAUCGACCUGAUUCAUUAGAUCCUGCUUUAAGAAGAGCGGGACGUUUCGAUCGUGAAGUGUGCCUUGGAAUACCAGAUAGAGAAGCAAGGGCUAGGAUCUUAGCGGUGCAUACCGAAAAAGUUGUAUUGGCUUCUAAUGUUAGUUUGUCAACAAUAGCUUCUCUUACUCCAGGUUUUGUAGGUGCAGAUUUAGUUGCUUUAAUUAGGGAAGCAGCCAUGGUUGCUGUAGAUAGAGUAUUUGAGGAUUUCAAUAAAUCAAAACGAGAAGAAAAGUCAUCUGAAGUCGAGAAACAACCAGAUAAGAAAGUUAAAAUUCCCGAAAACUCGGAAAAUUUAAUUGACACUAGUGUUGCGGCAGAAACUCCUACCACAGUUGGGAACGAUCUUACGUUUGCACAAGAAUUACCUAAAAGUCCAAUUCCAGGAAUUGCCGAAAUGGAUGUAACACAGGAACAUUCAGCAGACUUGUCAACUUUAUUGACUUGGCUGCGUACCGAACCUCCACUUUCUCCAGCACGUCUAUCGACCCUAUGCAUCGAGCACAAUGAUUUUGAGAUUGCUCUACGCAUCGUUCAACCUUCAGCGAAAAGAGAAGGAUUUGCGACGGUUCCCGGUGUAACAUGGGACGAUGUUGGCUCACUGCGAAAUAUACGACAAGAAUUGCAGAUGGCAAUUCUCGCUCCUGUCAAACACUCUGAACACUUUAAUACAUUAGGUUUAACAGCUGCCAGCGGAGUAUUGUUGUGCGGUCCGCCUGGAUGUGGGAAAACGUUGCUGGCAAAAGCCAUCGCCAAUGAAGCUGGAAUUAAUUUUAUUUCCGUUAAAGGACCAGAGCUUUUAAAUAUGUACGUUGGCGAAAGUGAGAAAGCAGUUCGUCAAUGUUUCUUAAGAGCAAGAAAUUCAAUGCCGUGCGUCAUAUUUUUUGAUGAGAUAGAUGCGUUGUGUCCUAAGAGAACAGAGGGCGAUAAUUCUGCGACAGCGCGCGUUGUUAAUCAAAUGCUUACAGAAAUGGACGGUGUAGAGGGUCGGCAAGGGGUGUUCCUUAUGGCGGCUAGUAAUCGACCUGACAUUAUAGAUCCAGCUGUUUUGAGGCCAGGAAGAUUGGAUAAAAUAUUAUAUGUUGGUCUUCCGAAUGCUUCAGAUAGGGUCGACAUUUUACGUGCAGUAACAAAGAAUGCAACGAGACCAAAACUUGCUUCAGACGUCGAUUUGAAUCAAGUGGCAUACGACAAUAGAUGUGAAGGUUACACUGGUGCCGAUUUAGCAGCUUUGAUUAGAGAAGCUGGUAUGGAAGCAUUGAAGGAAAUAAUAGCUGGAUAUGGCCAACCAGAAAUUUCGAUGAGACAUAUUUUUCAGGCGUUUGACAAAGUACAACCGUCCGUUCGUGAGAAGGAUAUUAAACAUUACGAAAAGUUGAGCAAAUUAUAUUCGGCUAGAAAAAACCCUGAAACUACGCCAAUGGAUACACCAGUAGAUGCACCAAUUGUUGACGUAGUCAUGGAGCCAAUGGAAACUUAAAGUACAACUACUAAAAGCCUAUAAGAAUCGCCUGAAAAACUCUUCCAGUACCAAAAUUCACGUAAACUUUUACAGAAAAGACGAAAGGCGCUUUUCUUUUUAAUAGUGCAGUUUUGUUUCUAUGCAUUUAUAUUUCAUAUUAAAAGAAACAUAUUUCUAACAUUGGCUACAUGAUUUGAACCGAUGAUUUAUUAGUUAAUUAUUAUUAUUAUUGUUUAAAGAUAUUCAGUUAAUAAUAUAGUCGAUUAAAGUAUCUCAUUUUCUGUUUAUGAAUGGCGUGUGCGUGCGUGCGUGCGUGCGUGCGUGCGUGCAGCAUGUUAAAGGAUCUACAAGAUUUUCAUCAGUCAACAAAAUUGUUUUAUUUAACAUUUAAUGAUGUUUAACAAUUCUUUUUUUAUAAAUUGUAUGUGUAGAUUAAUUAUGUACGCAAAUAAAUGUGUUUUAGGAUAAAA